AUGGUUGGGUCUAUGUGCAAUAGUGAGUUUACUGAUAAAAGUGACGACGAGUCGUGGGCCUUUCUGCAUGAAGUUGCCGAGAAAACUCAGCAAUGGGAGACCAUUAGAGAACCUAGGAAAACUGUCAAUAGAACUGGUAUUCAUAGGAUAGAGUCUGAUUUUGAAAUUAAUGCGAAAAUGGCAUCUGUGAUUAGAAGACUGCACAGUUUAGAGCUUCAAAAGGGUGAUAAACCUAAUGUAUCUGUCUCAUGUAAUCAGGUAGAAAUGUCCAUGUGUUUUUUCUGUAAUAGCUCAGAACAUCUAGAUGAAAACUGUCCUAAAUUGCAUGAAAUUAAAGAGUCUAUACUUGAACAGGACAAUGCUUUGUACCAAAAACAUGAGAACAAUCCUUAUUCUCGGACCUAUAACCCAGGGUGGAGGAACCACCCCAAUUUUUCAUGGUCUAAAGGACCUGUGCAAGGGGGUACGUCAGGUAACAACCAAGGAUAUUCAUAUCCUAGAAACCCCCAAUUAAAGGAUCAGAGACUUGCGAGUCUAGAACUGAAACUGGGUCAAAUUUGUGAUGCACUCAAUGAGAGAGAAAAGGGUAACCUCCCUAGUCAACCUCGACAGAAUCCUAAGAGUGCAUUUCAGGCAAGUACGUCUGCUUGUAAUAAGCCCCCACAUAACCAAGUGAAUACUGUCACCACUCUCCGAAGUGGUAGGGUUGUUGAAAAUAAUGUAGGCAUACCACGUACAAGUAAAUCUGAGUCAGACUCACCUUUGCACAAUACUCCACAGAAAACACAUAUUGUAGAAAAUGAAUCUGAGCAUGUUGAUAAAUCUAAAAGUUCUGCUGAUGUGAAUAUUUCUUUGCCAUGUAAGAUGCCAGUUGCUCCAUUUCCACAAAGGCAGAUACCUGCUUAUGCUAAAUUCUUGAAAGAUGUAUGCACAGAAAAGCAAAAGCUCCAUGUGCAUAAGCGUGCAUUUCUCACCGAGCAGUUAGGUCUUGGGGAGAUGAAACCCACCCCUGUUACGCUACAAUUAGCGGAUAGAUCUGUCAAAAUCCCUCGUGGUAUUGUUGAAGAUGUGUUAAUCAAGGUUAAUAAAUUUUACUUCCCUGUGGACUUCAUUGUGUCAGACACUCAACAUGUGCAAAACCCAGACAACCAUAUUCCUGUCAUUUUAGGACGUCCCUUCUUGGCGACGUCUAAUGCUAUCAUAAAUUGUGGUAAUGGUGUGAUGAAAUUAUAUUUUGGUAACAUGACCAUGGAAUUAAAUGUUUUUAAUGUUAGUCAAUAA